AUGCCAGGGCCAUUGGAUGCCCGCCAAGAACAGCAGCGGCCCUGGAAUGGAGGCAGCAGGAACCUCAAAACCAAGCUGUGGGUUCUGCAGAGGGCGCAGCCGGAAGUGCUGCAGAGGGCGGGGCCGGAAGUGCUGCAGAGGGCGGGGCCGGAAGUGCUGCAGAGGGCGGGGCUGGAAGUGAACCUAGCCCUUCGGACGAGCCAGAAGACCAGCAGCCUCUACAGUGAGGACGGCCUCGGGGUGGCGACACUCAGUACACUGUAUGGCUCUGUGCUUCUGUCCUCCUUGUUCCUCCCACCUGUCCUCAUCAGGAGGUGUGGCUGCAAGUGGACCAUCGCCGGCUCCAUGUGCUGCUAUGUGGCCUUCUCCUUGGGCAACUUCCAUGCCAACUGGUACAGCUGCUCUAGCCAGCCCCGUCCCCGCCCCGCCCACCCCCCUACCCCCAGUGUGUGCAACAUGCACUCUCAUGCAGACCUCUGCUAUGGCGUACACCCUGAUCCCCACCUCAUCUUGCUGGGUCUGGGUGCAGCCCCCCUGUGGUCGGCUCAGUGUACCUACCUCACCAUUGUGGGGAAUCUGCAAGCAGAGAAAGAGGGAAAGCCCGGCAAGGAUGUGGUGAACCAGAGCUUCGGCAUCUUCUUCCUUAUUUCCAGUCGUCCGGGGGUGGGGCAACCUGAUCUCCUCACUGCUGUUCCGCAGACAUCCAGUCAAGGUGAAGAGGCCAUCCCAGAGGGACAGCUCAUGUCCUGUGGAGCCAAAGACUGCCUGACGGGUCCCAUGGCCACCAACGGCACCUAUCACCCCUCCCAGGAGCUCAUCUACACACUGCUGGGAAUCUACACUGGCAGCGGUGUCCUGGCCGUCCUGCUGAUAGCUGUGUUUCUCGAGCCUGUGGAGGAAAAGCUGGAGGAUGGAGGAGGGACAAGGCGCAGGCUGCCGCCUCUCUGGUCCACUGUAAUGUCCACCUUCUUGCUGUUUAGAGACAAGCGCCUGUGCCUCCUGAUGCUUCUGCCACUGUACAGUGGGCUCCAACAGGGGUUCCUGUCUGGAGAGUACACAAAGUCUUACGUGACCUGUGCCCUGGGCAUCCACUUCGUGGGCUAUGUAAUGAUCUGCUUCUCGGCCGUCACCGCACUGUGCUCCCUGCUGUACGGGAAGAUCUCCAAGCACACGGGCAGGGUUGUGCUCUACAUGCUGGGUGCCGCCACCCACCUCUCUUGCAUUGUUGCCCUCCUGCUUUGGCGCCCAGACCCGGCCCAGCGUCCUGUCUUCUUCCUCCUCUCUGGCCUGUGGGGAAUGGCAGACGCUGUCUGGCAGACACAGAACAACGCUCUUUAUGGUGUCCUAUUUGAAGAGAACAAAGAAGCUGCUUUUGCCAACUACCGCCUUGGGGAAGCCAUGGGGUUCGUCAUUGCCUUCGGGUACAGCUCAUUUCUGUGCGUGUCCACCAAACUCUAUGUUCUCUCGGGGGCCUUGAGUCUGGCCAUGGUUGCUUACGGGACUGUUGAGCACCUGGAAUCCAGGGCUGUUUGCAAGGCCCUUGCUGCAGAAGAGAAAAGCCAGGCAGAAGAAGAAGAAAUGAGAACAGAAAUGUGA